UAUCCGUGUGUGUGGAGAGCUCAGAGUCAGUCAGUGGAUCAUGUACGAGUCCGAGAAGGAGUCGCUGCGGCGCUACAGGCACUACAUCGUCCAUUUUUUACGACCCUCUUACAUCCGGGGAUUUCUGACAACAUACCUGGAGGAAGAGUAUGUUGAGAAGAUCAUAUCAAAGGAGAGCUUGUCACAGACAGAGGCAGCUCAGAUGCUGCUGGACAAGAUGUUGGACCUGAAGGAGGUCGGCUGGUUCCAGGGCUUCCUGGAUACGCUGCGGGCUUCAGAGUACACAGGUCUCUACACGGCGAUCAGUACGUGGGAUUUUCAUGAUCUGGAAACUCUGGAUCCUCACAGGAAACUGCUGGAUCAAGUUGAAAUGUCUGUCACCAAAAAUAUGAAACCCAGAGAGCUGCUGCCACACAUGAGCGACUGUCUCACACAGCGAGAGUGUGAGGAGAUCAGAGCAGUGGAUGAGCAGAAGGGGUGUAUUGCAGCGAGUGUGCGCUUGGUGGAGAGUCUGAGACACUGUGAUAAAUCAAACUGGUUUAAAGUGUUUAAACUGGCACUGGAGAACUGCAGCCAGAAUCGCGCUCUACAGCUGCUUGACCCCGAUGAGAAUGGGAAUUGUGUUCAGGACUCUGAGGAGAAUGAUGUAGUCAUGGCAACAGUGUGUUUCGAGUACAGGGAGGACGGCGAGAGUGACAACCUGAUGAGCAACAGUGAGACAAGUGUGCCUGAGCAGUGUGUUGAGGGAACAGAGGGGGGUGUGGCCAGUGUGUGUGAGAGACAUACAGAGAAGAAGUUGAGAGAGUAUCAGAAAGAGCUUGCUACAGCCGCAUACAACGGCCUCAACACCAUCAUCUGUGCUCCAACGGGUUGUGGUAAAACUAUCGUUGCCGUGGACAUCUGUGAACAUCACCUGAAGAAAUAUCCCCAGAAGGCCAAAGUGGUUUUCAUGGCAACCAAAGUGGAGGUUUAUGAACAACAGUACAAACUGUUCAAGGAGCACUUCAGCAAGGACCCAGACAUCAGGGUGAAAGGUGUGUGUGGGGACAUGUCAGACGUGUCUCUGCCCACCCUUGUGUCCAACAAUGACGUGUUGCUGAUGACUCCUCAGAUUCUGGUGAACGCUCUGCAGCGUGGUGACGUGGAGUCUCUAAACACCUUCACACUGCUGCUGCUGGACGAGUGUCACAACACCACCGGCAAACACCCGUACAACAACAUCAUGAGCCUCUACAUCGACACCAAACACACCACACACACACACUCACUUCCUCAGGUGGUGGGCUUCACUGCGUCUGUUGGUAUAGGGAGUUUUAAGAAUGUGCCCGAGGCUGAGAACAACAUCUGCCAGCUGUGUGCUAACCUGGAUGCCCGGGUCAUCACCACGGUUACCGAGAAUAUUGAUGAGCUGAGGUCAUUUGUGCACACACCCGAGAAAGACUUUUUUGCGGUUCCUCCGCGCACCUCAGCAGACCCCUUCAUCUCCAUCAUCAAAAGCAUCAUGAAUAACAUCGAACGGCUGGCUCUAAGUGUCUACAAAAUUGACACUGUGUCCCAGGUACAGAGGGGUGAUUAUGGCAGUCAGAUGUAUGAGCAGUGGAUUGUGGAUGUACAGAAACGCUGCAGACUGCUACAGUUCACUGACCCUGAGGAGGAGCGCAGAGUCUGCAGAGCACUGUACACCUACACUGAACAUCUCAGAAAAUAUAACGAUGCUCUGAUCAUUAACGAGGACGCUCGCACUAAAGACGCACUGGACUUCAUGGACUCGUUCAUCACGGACAUCAGUAACGCCUCUUCAGACUCCACCGAGCGCCAGCUCAUUGACUUAUACCACGCUCAGCGUGAGCGGCUGCUCCAGGUAGCCGCUGAAGAAAAACAAAACCCCAAAUUGGAGGAGCUCCAGUUCAUCCUGGAUGAAGAAUACGGCAACAACGUGCAGACUCGCACCGUGCUGUUCGUCAGGACCCGCGCCCUCGCUGAUGCUCUGAAAAAGUGGAUAGAGGAGACAGAGUCACUGAAGUUUCUGAAGCCUGGAGUUCUGAUUGGAAGAGGAAGAAAAUCACAACUGACAGGCUCAGGUAUGACUCUGACAAAACAGAAAGGUGCGCUUGACUCCUUUAAGAGCUCUAAUGAGAGUAAGAUUCUCAUCGCCACCUCCGUCGCUGACGAGGGUAUCGAUAUCCCACAAUGCAACCUGGUGCUCAUGUACGAGUACGUCGGCAACGUCGUCACGAUGGUGCAGGUUCGAGGUCGGGGCAGAGCUCAGGGCAGCAGGUGUUUUCUGAUCUCCAGCAGGCAGGAGCGCAUUGAUAAAGAGAAACUGAACAUGGAGAGAGAGAAGCUGGUGGAUGCGGCUGUUAAAGACCUGCAGAUCUCACCUGACCGCCUGUGUGCCAAGGUGGACCGGUUCCAGAAGGAGGAUGUGGCCCGGAGAGCCUACGUGAACAUGAGUGUAGAGAAAACUCUGACUGAGGGAAGUUACGAGCUCAAGUGUGGAAAGUGCAAGAAGUUUGCCUGUUUUAGUGAUGACCUGCGUGUGCUACAGGCAUCUCACCACAUCGUGCUGGAUCGCUCCAUAUUCCAGCGCUGUCUCACCAAACCUCACAAUAAAAUCAAGACCUUCGACAACUUCACCAAAAAGGAAAAGAUGUUUUGUUCUGAAUGUAAUAAUGACUGGGGCAUCAUCGGCUCCUACAUGAAUAUUCAGGAUUUGCCGGUGUUGAAGAUUGAAAGUUUCACCAUUGAGGACAGAGUCACAAAGAAACCGCAGCUUUUCAAGAAAUGGCGUGACGUCACGUUCCGUAUACGAGAGUUUGACAUGACAGAGACGACGAGGGAGCUGAGAACCUAGAGACAAUAACGAGAUUAUAAACAUCUAAAACUGCCACUCUCUCUCUCUCUCUCUCUCUCUCUCUCUCUCUCUCUCUCUCUCACACACACACACACACGUUAAUAUCACAGGGUCAUGUUUUACUAAGGGAAGUACUAUUUACUGGAGUUGUAGUGAAGUUUUACACUACUUGGCGUGGCAUAGUUAAUUUUACUAGGCAAAUUAACAUGGGUGUUUGGGAUAUUUUUAUGUAUUGUGAGGUUUUGUUAUGAUGUUCUUUGUGAUUCUUGUUUUGAAAUCACACACAACCUGAAUAAUCUGAUUGGCUGAAGCCAUUUCCUAAAAAAAGUAAAACUUUGCAAUUUUGUAUUUCUUCCAAAAAAUUUCAGAAGGCUCUAUGUUUGCAAAAUCAUUGUGCUGAAUCACAAAGACAGUAGUUAUUGAAAAGCUAUUGGCUUUGAUCUCUGAUUACCCUGCCCCCUAUGCUGUGCUUUGAAAGAGAAAUGCAAAAAGAGCUCAGGUAAAGUGCACAAGAGUAGUGUUGUAUGUUAAAUAAUUAUGUAAAGAAACAAAAACAACAACAAACAAAAACUAACUUAAUGCUAGCAGCCGUUCAAGCAAACCUGGGGAAUAGUUUUGAUUACAUAGUAUAUAUAACUUCUAAUAAUGUUAUAAUAAUUUUAUAAUAAUGUUAUAAUAAUGUUAGCUAGCUUGUCAAAGUACUGCUCAUGUAACGCUUCAAAACACAUUACAGAUCACACAUCACCUCAACUAAUAUUAAAGUAAGUUAUUAUUAGUCAAAUACUAUUAGCAAUGUUCAGCUAGCAGGUUAUAGAGGUGAGUUUUUCCACAGAAACCUGACACAGAUCAGGGUUUGUUGUUGUUGUUGUUGUUGUUUUUGUUAUCUUCAUCAUGAUUUAAUGUUUUACUGUAGAACUGAAAAAAAGUUUUCAAACGUCUAAAACAUUGUCACGUUCACACAGUAACGAUUUAUCUGGAGCAAAAAAAAAAAACGAAUUAGCAUCAGCUACACUGCACACUGUACUGCUGUACUUAUUAUUAUUCUUUUAUUAGAUAAAGUAGAAAAUACUGUAGACAAAUAAAUAACAAAAUAAAUACAACUAAAUGAAACAAUAAUAACGAUUUUUCUAAUCAGCAAAUCUCACUCUCUCUUCCAUUCCUCCCUCUGCCUCUUUCUUUUUCUCUGUCUCUCUCUUAACCCUUUUAGUCUUCAUUCCCCCCUCUCUCUCUUUCCCCAUCAUUCUGUCCCUCUCUUUCUCUCAUCUCUAUUUCCAUCACUUCCUGUCCUUAUAAUCUUUAUAUCCCUCUUCUAUCCCCCUUUUCUCUCACCCCAUCAGUUUAUUUCUCUCACCCAUAGCAAUUAAGUCCUCUGUCCCAUCCCUCUCCUUUGCUAUCCCUAUUCCCUUUUUUCUGUCAUUCCCUUUCCUCCAUCCCUUAGUCCUUCCUUUCUGUCUUUUUCCUCUCUACCUCUCUUUCUCUAUCCAUCACUCCAUCAUCUCACCUCAUUUUUUGUCUUUCAUUUUUAUUCCCCCUCUCUCUCUCUAUUUCUCUCUCUUUCUCAGUACAUAUUCCACUUUUUUCAUUCUCCUUAUUCCUUUCUCCCAUUAAAAAUCACUUCUAUUUUCUCUUUGUCUUUCAAUUCCUUCCAUCUCUAUAAGUCUUUAUUUCCAUCUCUCUCUCUCUCUCUCUCUCUCUCUUUCUCUGUCGUUCUGUUCAUGUUUACUUGAUUUCCCCUCCCAUUAUCCUACUGUAUCUUUCCCCUCUUUUCUAUUCCAGUCUUCAUUCUCCUUCUCUCCAUCUCUUUCUUGUUUU